AUGCCCCAAUACCGCAACGGCCAAGCUGUGCACUACAAGCCUGUCGGAGGCCCCGACUCCCGUACCUCUGAAAGCAUUGGCACCAUCCAAUCCAUCCUCACCGAGCCCGGUAACCAGGCUGGUCGGAACGUCGACGCUAGCGAGGAGGAACCGAGAUAUGAAAUCGAGAACCAGAACACGGGGAAGACAACUACUGUUUAUGAGAGAAAUAUCCUCGGUGGUGCUUAA